AUGCAGCACUUUCUUGAACCAGGAUCGUCUGAGGAGAUAAGCCAAGAGCAGGCGACCAGUCCCUGUGAAUUAUUCACAGUGGCGCCCCCUGUUUUAUGGAACACACCAGAGGUCCGACUUCGACUACUUGCUGAAAACGGCAACCUAAGCUAUCCCCUACUUUCAAAAUCCCACUUCCCUCCGAAAAACCCCAACUUAUCGACAGCGCACUCAAAAUGUCUGGAGAACCUGAAAUCCUACCCGUUUGGCGGUGCGGACCUGCAGCCACUCCAGCGGGUGGCCCCGUCGACCAUCACUUCCUCCCACUCCCUGUAUUCGCAUCAGUCCUUGAGCAAUUCAUAUGAGCCGACUCAAGGUGCAAGCCAGCUUUUGCUACCCACCACCGCCGCCGCAAAGAACGAUGUCCAAAGCAGUGAUGGUACCGAGUGCGGACAGAGGAUGGAAGCCGAUUUUUUAAUACUCGAGAAGGUAAAGCAUCACUUGCUGUCGAAAUUCACCACCGUCUCAUCAGCUUCAUCAACAGGAGAAGUGAGUCCCGAGGCGCUGAAGCCAACCAGUACAUCGAUGCACUACGCAUUUGAGAGGAACCAAUCCCCCUUCAACUCAAUGGCUCCGACAAUAUCGACCGCAAGCAGUCUCACCGCUCAGAGGCAUCAUAUGAUUAUAGGUAGGGUCUUAUUUUAA